AUGCCGGCAUCCACGGUGAACAAGGAUCUAGCGGCCGAACGGGAUAAGGGUAGCUUCGACAAGGACGAAUUCACCCUCUGGUGGGUUGGUGGCAAGGAAAAGCUGAAGGAAAAGCAAGAUCUAGAAACGUUUCUCGCGAACGAUCCGGACUUUCAUAACGAAACACCGAUCCACUUCCUUUCCCAUAAGGAGCUGUACGAGGAAACGAUAAGACAAGCAACGGCCAUUUUCCGCAAGGUGCGCAAAUUCCAUGAAGAUCGUGGAAAUGGUGAUCCAUCCAACUACAUGCAAAAUCUCAGUGGACUGCUGGGCAAUGGAAUCAUUCGGCAGGGCAAUCCGUUGGGCAUUCAUUUUGCAAUGUUUAUCCCAGCUUUGCUCGGUCACGGUUCACCGGAACAGCAAGCCGAAUGGUUACCCCGUGCCCUGCGAUGCCAAAUGCUGGGAACGUACGCACAAACCGAGCUCGGCCACGGUACGUUUUUGCGAGGGCUAGAAACGACUGCUACGUACGACGAGCGUACGCAAGAAUAUGUCCUGGAAAGUCCAACGCUGAGCUCGUACAAAUGGUGGCCAGGAGGAUUGGCACACACGGUCAACUACUGCGUGGUGAUGGCGCAACUCUUCUCCCAAGGGAAAUGUCACGGCAUUCAACCGUUCAUCGUGCAACUGCGCGAUGAGGAAACGCACAUGCCAAUGAAAGGCAUCAUAAUCGGUGAAAUCGGCAACAAGCUUGGCAUGAACGGCGUUAACAAUGGUUAUUUGGGAUUUGAAAAGGUACGCAUCCCGCGCAAGAACAUGCUGAUGAAGAACGCCAAGUUGCUGGCGGACGGUACGUUCGUGAAGCCACCGUCGCAGGCACUCACCUACGGCACGAUGAUGUUCGUGCGUGUAAUAAUUGUGCGCGAUACUGCCUUCCAUCUGGCGAAGGUGGCCACAAUAGCCGUACGGUAUUCGUGCGUCCGUCGCCAAAGUCACAUUAACCCGGACCAACCGGAAGUGCAGGUGAUCGAUCACUUGACGCAACAGUACAAGCUGUUCCCGGCCGUUGCUAGAAGUAUUGUAUUUAAGCUCACCUCCGAUAACCUGUGGGACAUGUACAAUCAGGUGACGUCCGAGUUGGAUCAGGGUAACCUUGAGCGUCUUCCGGAAUUGCAUGCAAUCGCCUGCUGUUUGAAGGCGGUCACCACGGCCGAUGCAGCCAAAGCCGUAGAAACGCUUCGUAUGGCCUGCGGUGGUCAUGGAUACAUGACUUGUGCCAACUUCUACAAUACGUACGGAUUUGUAACAGCGGCAUGUACGUAUGAGGGCGAAAAUACGGUUCUGUUGUUACAGACUGCCAGAUAUCUUAUCAAGGUCUGGAACCAGGCGCUCAAAGGACAACCGCUUGGACCAACGGUGCAAUAUUUAAACAGCUUCAUCCAAAACCGAAACAAUCGCCAUCCCUGGCUAGACACUGUUCCCGGCAUUGUGAAGGCAUUACAAACCGUGGCAGCUGGCAAACUUCGCCUCGCAAACGAGCAUAUUGAGCAGCGCAAAAAGGCUGGCUACACGCAUGAGGAAGCGGUCAAUCUUACAUCUCUCGAGCUGGCACACGCCGCCGAAGCACACUGCCGUGCCUUUUUGGUACAGUCCGGGUACGAGAUGAUCGAAAAGCUCUGCCAAAAGGUUUCACCUGCACUAGCAAAGGUGAUGCGCACGAUCGGCGAACUGUACGCGUACAACGAGGCACUUGAUUCGAUUGGUAGUCUUGUCCGGUUCACGUCGAUCAGCGAGAGUGACAUUAACCGGCUGCAGGCAAAGCUGGAAACGGCACUAUUGGCCAUCCGACCGAAUGCGGUCAACCUUGUUGAUGGAUUUGCUAUACCGGACGUUUUGCUCGGUUCGCCACUUGGCGCUUACGAUGGUAACGUUUACGAGCGUCUCUACGAAGAGGCACAAAAAAGUCCGCUGAAUAAGGAACCGGUAAAUAAAUCGUUUCAUCUGUACCUGAAACCAUUCAUGCGCUCGAGCUUGUAA